AUGGAUCUAUACAUCUUGCAUCAUACAACUCCGUUCACAUUUGCUCCAAGUCCCCCUCUCUUACUCACCGAUCACAUCCACCGUCUCCGCACCACUAACAACGCCACUUCACUUCUUCAACCUCACUUCUUCAACACGAACAUGCUCCUGCAUUCUCCUCCUCUCUCAUUUGUCCUUUGUCUUUCACGUCGACGAAUUGGAUUGCCAGACUGUUACCCUUUAAUCAACGACCACCUGAUACGGAUUCACCAAGAUAAGAGACACCCUACGAUUUCAAGCCCUAAAUUUCAAAGGAGACAAGAUAUGAUUUCAUGCCCUAAACCUCUCUCUCUCUCUGGUUUACCAUCAAGGACACAAAACAUUACGGUGAACCUGAAAAUAGAAGGUUAUAAAAAGGUUGGAGGCGAUUGCAGGAAAAAAUUCCACACAGAGGAGGAACAAAGAAGUAUGGAAACGGAACGGGAAUCAGUAGAUGCAGAAAUACCCCAAAUCGAUUUCUAG